UGAAACUGAAACAACCAACUCUCUACUUCAAUCUUCAUUCUUUUGAUAUUGUAUUUGUUUUUGUUGAGGUUGUGUUUGCAUGUUGAAAUAGUAUUUUGUUUUAAAUUAACAUUCACGAUGAAAUGCCACAGUGUUUUAGCAUUCUUCGUUAUCAGCUUAAUAAGUAAAGGGAACUGCUUUGGUAUUGGAUCAACCUUAUAUUGCUAUCAGUGUAUAUCGACACAUCCGGGUUGUCAACCGUUCAACUGGUGGUGGCAUUGGAGCCAGGCUUGCCCCGAGGAAGAUGAUACUUGUGUCAAAAUCAUCGAGAGAAAAGGAGGCAAUGAAGUGGUAACACGUAACUGUCUGAGCUCUCUAAGAGCUAUCCGGACGGAUAUUCCCGCAGAUCACUACGAGGGGUGUCGCAAGGCGGCCACUGACUUUAAGCUGGCUCACUACGUCAACAACUCCAUCAAGGAGCUUGAUAUCAAACGGGACUAUUAUGACGAGGUGACGUGGUGUUUCUGCUACUUUGACAACCGCUGCAACAGUGCCGCCACUACGACAGUGUCACUAGUCACAAUCCUGGCCUCGACGUUGUUAGCUCUAAAGAUGUACAUGUGAUCCUUAGUGUAACUUGUUGUAAGCCUGAAUCUCACUUCUGCAGUCAUGACUCAAGUUUGCUACUAAUCUAGAUACAAAUUUGAAAUUGUGACAUAAAUAGGUAAGGUUCCAGCAAACUCUUAUACCUGACGCAAACACAAAGUUGCAAACCAGCUGCACCGACAAUCAGUUGGCUACCAAACAUAACUCCUUACCACGCACAGGUGUUAACAUAUGCACUCGUGAAUAAUUCUUAUUGUAUUUUACAUUUGUACCCUAGGCUAUUGGUAGCAACUAAAUAGCUAACUCAGUUGAAUAAAAAUCAAAUCCUAUCUUUAAUUGAUAAGAUUGGUUGAGAAAUCCUUGUUUUAAGAUGCGAAAUUCAGCUUUCUCUGUGUGCGCUGGCCUUUAACAUUUCACUUGUACAAUUUUACUUUUUUACCAAUCUUUUUUAUUUUUACUUUUAUUGCACAUAUGUAUUUAUUGAUGUUUAAUACAGGGUGCGGCAAAAAAACCGAUCCAUUUUCUGCAGAGCACUGUUCAGCAACAGGUAGUCUGAGAGUGGUGGAGUAGGCUCGUUGGAAAGCCUACACAAAGCCAUUUUUUGUAGUCAUAGCAGUGGUUGCCUGAGCUACAUGCGGUUGUUAUGGAGUUGUUUUAAAAAAGUAUUGAAUUCAUUUAUUGCAGCUCAGCGGCAUCGGCAGUUUCAUGCAUUCUUUCAAUUAAGACGACAUGGAGAAGUUCCGUUGCGUAUCACAAUAAUGUGGUGGGUUACUAACUUUAGAACGGCUUCUGCGUUGAAAAGGAAGCUGAAAGGCCGUCCAAAGUCAGAUCGGACGCCAGACAACUAACAUUCGAUAGAGUUUGUGCUGCUGUGGAAAACAGUACUCGCAGGCCCGCCCGAAAACAAGCGGCUUGCCGAACAUGUCUGUGCUCAGUUACACGAAUUUUGAGGUUAAUUUUCAUCCCUACAAAUUAAUUAGAAUAAUAACCUGUUUAAUUGUGUUAUCCAUACAGAUAAUCACGACGGAACCUCUCCAUGUGGACCUAAUAAAUAAAAGCACGGAACUGCCACUGAAUUGCAAUAACUGAUUUACUAUUUUUUUUAAACGACUAGAUAACAACCGCACGUAGCUCAUACAACCACUGCUCUAUGAUUACAAGAAAUGGCAUCGUAUAGGCUAUCCAACGAGCCUACUCCCACCACCCUCAGACGGCCUGUCGCUGAACAAUAAUGCGCUGAAGAAAAUAGAUCGGUUUUUUUGCCGCACCCAUAUUUGCAAUGGCUCCAACGCCUGUACACAUUUCAAAGACCUUAAUUUAAAUGUAAUUGAUUUAAAAAAUUUCAGGGCUGUGCGAAUAGUUCGAAAAACGAAUCUAAUCCGAAUCUUUUUAGAGAUUCGAUUCGGAUUCGAGAACGAAUCUACUGUUUCUAACUGGAUUCGGAUUCGGAAUCGAUAUUCGAAUUUACUGGUAAGAGAUCCGGGUUCGGAUUCGAUAUUCGAAUUUCUUGGAAAUAGAUCCGAGUUGGGAUUCGAUAUUCAAAUUUACUAGAUUCUGAUUGAAUAUAAUUUUCAAUAUAAUUUUUUAGACACUAAAAAACUACUUGUGCACUCCGAUUUGCUGUUGACUGGUUCAUGUUAGGAACCUGACCAACUUGGUGUUAGGCUUUAGGCACAUUAGUGUAGGUCGCAUUUGAACCCUAUCUUGGCUAUCAGUAAACAGGGUGUCUAGUUUAUUUCCAUUAUAAAAUUCAAGACUAAUUCCAGACUUUUCAAGACUAAUUCCAGAUUUUUCAAGACUAGUUUUUUCAACAAUUAGUGGGCGUUGAUAAAAAAUGUAUCGAUUCUCGAUUCUUGAUACCGUUACCAAUUUUUAUAGCUUAACCAAAUGUUCUAAAUAAUACUACACCAACCCCUGUCUUUGUCAUAAAGUAGUAUUAUGAUAAUGUGGAGUUUUCAAGUAAAGAAAUAAUGCAGCAAUAAAAAAUUGGAACUAGCAAAUUUGGUUGUUUUUUUAUCAUGAAAUCUUCCGCGUACCGUACGUUUAGACAUCAUCAUUGACUGCAGCAGUUACAGAAACAUGAUCAUUGUCGUCCGCUCGGCAAAAUCCUGAACAUUUCCCGCGGCUGUUUAGACAUCACCGUCGUCUCCUGCGGUCAUCGUCAUCUCCUGCGGUCACGGAAACGUUAUCGUCGUCUCCCGCGGUCACGGUAACGUUAAUGUCGUCCCCAGCGGUCACGGAAAGGUCAUCAUCGUCUCCCGCGGUUUCGGAAACGUCAUCGUCGUCUCCUGCGGUUUUGGAAACGUCAUCGUCGUCCACUAUCGCGGCAAAAUCGUGAACAUUUCCCGACUUGGAAAUCAAAUUUAAGACUAAAUCCCGACUUUUCAAGACCAUUAUGAAAUUCAAUACUAAUUCCCGACUUUUCCGACUACUAGACACCCUGAGUAAACUUAACCUCACAGUGUUAGUUGUUACUUGUAAUAGUAAUGCAGACAUAGGCUUGUGUGGAGGAUUAACACCGAGGUGUAUUGUAUAAUAGGCUGGGCCUAUGUUUUAGACUACACAAAUUGGCAGUCCACCACUUUUAGCGAGUAACUUAGGCCUAGGUGGUAUGCCUAACUUAUGCCCAAUUUUUUAGUUUCAAAACUUCAAAUAGGUAGGCCUAAAUUUUAUAACUUUUUUAUUUGGCCCAUUUCAAGAAUUUUUUUAAGCAAUUCCCUAAGUUAUUUCAGCCCCAGAAAAUGUGGUCUAAAAAUGUGAAAAUUGGUACUGCUGACUUUCCUCGGAUUUUGAUUUGACUCUGAACAGGUUUAAAUAUUCGGAUUCGAUAACAGCUUUAAAUUUCAGAUUCGGAUUCGAUCCAGGUUCGAUAAUGGCUGUAAAUUUGAGAUUCGGAUUCGACCCAGAUUCGACUCGGGAUUAAUUAAAAUAUUCGGAUUCGAUCCGGAUUCGAUAAAAUCUGUACAGCUAUGAUUCGGAUUCGGAUUCAAACCAAAAUUUCUGGAUUCGCACAGCCCUGAAAAAUUUAUUUUAUUAAUAUGAGCCAAACCCACCUAGCAAUAAUUAAUACAUUUACAUGUCCAAUUCACUGUAAACAAUGUUUCACAUUGCAUAUUUGUGUAUUUUUGUGUGUUUCAUACUUUUGACAAACAAAAAUAUUAUCUGAUUGUCAAUUUUAUACUGCUUGUUACUUCUUUAAACUGUAAUAAGGACAUCCCAUACAGUUUAGGCUUACUUGUGUUGUAUAGAUUACCUUUGACGAACAUUUUAACUGUGCCUUAUUUGUACAAAUAAAUGUAUAUUGUUACAUUUUUAGUCUAGGAUAAGUAUUGAACAAAAUGAAUUCACUUCAAUCUAUUAUUAAAGUUAAGUACACGAGUUAUUUAAAAGUGACCUUUUUUACCUUCAAAAAAUAACAUUUUUUCUAAUAAGGGAGUUUUUUGUGUAUUAAAAAGCCUUUCAAAUCAGGUAAUGGUAAUAUAUAACUUGGGAAAUUGUUAAUCAAGGAAAGUAUCAUAAAAAGAGUAAAGCUGGGUUUUCCUAGGCGCGGAGUCGGCCAGCGGAGAGCGGACAGCGGAGAGCGGAAUUGAAAUUAACAUGGCAUUCCGCUCCGCUUCUAGGAAAACAGUAACAUUAAAUUGCCUAAGACAAGCUGAGUCCGCUCUCCGCGUUCCUCUCUCCGCUGGCCGACUACGCGCCUAGGAAAACCCAGCUUAACACACUUCAAUUUUUCAAAGGCAAAAAUUAUCAUAGCCUCCUCUAAUAUAAGGCGACGGCUAGACAAAAGUGGCAACACUGCUGUCCCAAAAAACCGAAAUAGCUGUUGCACAAAUUUAUAAUGGACUGUAUAUGCAAUAUUUAUGUUUACACUUAAGUUAUUUCUGUUAUAUAACCAAUGUUUAUUUGUUAUUUAUCCAGUAUAAUUUACAUUUUACAGUAGCCUAAGGUGUCAAACAGUUGAAUUCCUGUAGCAGUUUGUUUUUCGUAUCAACUACGAUACAUCUUCAGCUGGGUAGCACAGGUUAAAACAGCUCACAUUGAGAAUGUUUGUCACACAUUAAAAUAAAACAACGAAUACGGACACACAUUAUUUACAAAUUUACUAACAUUGACGACUCAGACGAAUCAAACUAAACGAUACCUUAGUAAAAGGUAAACUAUACUGAAUAAUUGAUACGUGUCUAGGCUUUAGUAACGAAUAUUAUUUGUUAUUAUGUCAAUAGGAAUAUCAAAUCAAAUCAAAUAGGCAUGACAUUGCAACGUUUUCAUUCACCAACAUGUAUUAGAGAAGGCUAUAAAAGAAUACAUUAUUGUGAGGGCAUUUGAAGACAAUUUCUGAAUAUUAAUCCUACAACAUACUGCUAAUUAAAAGCCAUUUGAAGUUAAAUUAAUCAUAAAGGUGUAUAUUUUUCUUGUAGGGAAUUGAGAGGUUGAUUUUUACGAGGCUUUAUAAAUAUUAUGUGAGUACUGAGUAAUACAUUGCUGUACACUUUUCUGUUUGUAAUGUCUAUUUAUUUUUACAAAUUGUACAAUUUUAUUAAUUAUUGUAAGUUUAGUGUAGAAAGCUAUUUUGAACACUUUCACAGCCGUGCCAAUAAUAAAUUUGUGGCUUAUUGUACUUUAGCAUUCAUGCUUGGUUGCACAAUUUUAUUGUUAUCCUUAAUUUUAUAUUUGUCAUAGUUGUUUUGAUAUUGUAUUAGUCCUAGAUUUUUUAUUUGACAGAAUUAUUUGUUAAAAUUAAGUUUGAUGUUUUGAAUUAAUUUUAUUUAACUGAUGAAUUGUAAGGUGUGUCUUACUUAAGCCUUGUAAUGUUCAAGUUUGUUAACAUUUAAAAAAUCAAAUUUAUUGGUCUUCCUGAAAUAACGCAAUCCGUCCAUUGUAAUGUAAGGUAGAUCUACUUCUUUAGUUUUUAUAAUUACCAUUGUGUAUAUUUGAAUUAAAAUUAAAUAUUUUCCAUAUUUA